CCCCACCUGUGCUACGAUAGAGUACAACCAGUUUUGCAAGGAAUUUCUCCAAAAGAGAAGUUUCCGUUUAUUUGUUGGUCGUUCACAAAUUCUAUUCAAUCCCAUUCUCAAUUCCAUCCCCAUACGUAUUCUCAAUCUCCAGUUAUAUUCAGAAACAAAUUUCAACAAUCCACAUUUUCUACAUAAGCCCCUCUUCAUUUGUCCUUUUCUUUUCAACCCAAUAUCAUAUUUUAACGAAUUAUUUAAAAAAUCCAUUUGAUUUUGGGUCCUUAGCUUCCAACUAAUCUCCUCGGUUUCGUCAAUCACCGGAUUGUUCUUGUCUCGAUAAUUUUCUACCGUUGUUCUUGUCAAAGAUAGAGAAUUGGGAGUUAAACUCUUACAUUUCGAUUGCUUCUGUAAAGAGUGCAAGGCGAUUCUUCUUUUGAAGCAACUCAGCUAUGCAGGGCCAGCUUCAGUGUAGCGGGUGUAGGAACAUUCUUCUUUAUCCAAGGGGAGCAGCAAAUGUCUGUUGUGCAUUAUGUAAUACAAUCAAUUUUGUCCCUCCUCCUCUAGGGAUGGAAAUGUCACAUCUUAUAUGUUUAGGUUGUCGGGCAUUGCUGAUGUAUCCACAUGGGGCAACAAGUGUAAGAUGCUCCUGUUGUCACACUACAAACCCUGCGCCAGUAUCUAGCCAAGUUGCUCAAAUCAAUUGUGGAAACUGCCGGACAACACUCAUGUAUCCAUAUGGAGCUCCAUCUGUCAAAUGUGCUAUCUGCCAAUAUGUUACUAAUCUUAGUAUGGCUAAUUUGAGAGUUCCGCUUCCUGCUAAUAGACCUAAUGGUACUACUGGAAUGAUACCGUAUACUUCAACAUCAACACCCCAUUCUCAAACUCAAACUGUUGUUGUGGAAAACCCUAUGUCUGUCGAUGAAAGGGGAAAACUGGUGAGCAAUGUUGUUGUUGGUGUAACAACAGAACGAAAAUAACACGCUUUAUUUAGAGAUCUUGCUGUUCAUAUGGUAUCAAACACUCAAUAUGGAAUUUGAUUGUGUAUAUUUUGUUGGAGAACCAAGGUUAACAUUAAUCUUUUGAAACUAUUGCACAUAUAUAUAUAUAUAGCUGUCAGAGAAAUUUAAAGUGUGAUGUGCAUUGUGAGCAUGAGAAUUCAUUGCCAAAUUGAAGUAUUGUAAGUGACUGUGUUUUAACAAAAGUAAAGAGCUUUGGAGCGAUUUAAGGUGAACUUGUUGACUCCGUUUAGUAUGCCAGUAAAUGCUAAACAGGGGGGUUCUUCUCUUCUCCAUGCUUUACCUAAGCUUUUACUGUGUAAAAAUUCUAAACCAGCUACUAGACUUGGUGUCCAAUGUAAGGUUUUGCUUUGUAUGAGGUUUAAAUUAUUUAAUUACUUUGAAGUUUUA